AUGUCUUCUCCAGCUGAUGCGUUUUUCUUUACCUUUUUGUCUCUCUUAUUAGCUUCUGGCGCUGCUAAUUUAGACAUUGGCAAGACCCUGAGCGGCUACUCGGAGUUCUCCGACUUCGUCAACAUGCUGAACGAAACGGGCGUGGCGGAUGAAAUCAACAACAAGGAAACCGUCACUGUUCUUGCUGUUGCGAAUGGUAAUUUGGGUGGACUUUAUGGGCAAACCACGGAAACAAAGAAGAUGGUCUUGAGCGUGCAUGUUGUGCUCGAUUACUACGAUGAAACCAAGCUCAACAAAUCGCAUUCCAAAACAGCAAAGAUUCUCACCACGCUCUAUCAAGAAACCGGGAAAGCCCGCAGUCAGGUAGGGUUCUUAAACAUGACCAACACCGGCAAUGGUACAGUGAUAUUUUCAUCUUCAUCUCCGAACUCUCACCUCGAAGCUCAACUUGUUAAACAAGUUACUUCAAAACCUUAUGACCUUUCAGUGCUGCAAAUCGAUAAUCUUAUCGAUGUAGCCUUGGUUUCAUCUUCUCCGGCUAACGCUCCCGCAUAUGCUCCACCUCCGAGGAAGGUCCUAGCACCGGCUCCUACACCUAGUCUUGACGAAGUGGACAACGGAAAGUCUCCGUCUCCAUCCAAGACUAAAGCAAGCGAGGCAUCGCCGCCUGAUGCUGAUGCUGACGCUCCUGCAGGUGGUGAUGAGAAAAAGUCUGGUGCAUCUGUACCUUGUGGGGAUUAUUUUUUAUCUACCAUUCUUAUGAUUUUCACUUGCGCUUGUUUAGUGCUUUCGAUGAUUUGA